AUGAAACUGGAAGGACGUACCGCCCUGGUUACUGGCGCCUCUCGCGGGAUUGGCCGCGCAAUCGCUCUUGCCUUGGCCGCGGAGGGCGCUGACGUGGCCAUCAACUAUGUUUCCAACGAGGCAGCGGCGGCGGCCGUCGUGGAGGAGGUCCAGGCCAUCGGCCGCAAGGGUAUGCUGGCCCGCGCGGACGUCGGGGACUUCCCAGACACGUACGCCAUGGCCCAUUCCGUACUCCGAGAGUUCGGCCACAUCGACAUCCUGGUCAACAACGCCGGCGUGACCUCGGACAAGACCUUCGUCAACAUGGACCAUUCCACCUGGCGCAAGGUGCUGGCCAUCAACCUGGACGGCGUGUUCAACUGCACCAAGGUCUGCAUCGACCAGAUGGUUGAGCAGAACUAUGGGCGUGUGGUGAACAUCACGUCCGUCAUCGGGCAGAUCGGCAACUUCGGCCAGGCCAACUAUGCCGCGUCCAAGGCAGGCGUUGCCGCCAUGACCAAGACCCUGGCCAAAGAACUGGCCAGCAAGGGCAUCACCGUGAACGCCGUGGCUCCCGGUUUCAUCGAGACGGAGAUGGUCUCGUCCAUACCCCAAAGCCUCCAGGACCGGCUGCUCAGCCAGAUUCCGCUGCGGCGUUUCGGCAAGGCGGAAGAGGUCGCUCAAAUGGUGGUGUUCCUCUGCGCUCCCGAGGGCGACUACGUGACCGGCGCCGAAUUGGAAGUCAACGGCGGGCUGUUCAUGUAG